AUGGACCACGAUGAACCGACGGCCGAGACCCUGGACAUCGCGCAGUAUGCCGCUCAUGGCUUUUGCCCGGCGUACCCCCUUAAGCGGCACCGUCAUGAAACCCUGGCCAACGCCGGCUACCACGAGGCCCGAGAAGACUGGGCUAAGUAUAUCGGACCUGCUUGCGAGUUUGGCGGGUGCAACCCUCUUGACGGCAAUUUCACUGCUGUGGUGCUGCCACUGUGUCGGCCGGAGCGCCUGAGGUUGGUUGCCUACAUUUUGGAGUAUGCUUUUCUCCACGACAGUGUCAUUGAAGACCAAUACUCGGAGAGUGUGAUUACCCAGUCAACAGGAGACGAUGAUUUCACACUUGGCAAGGGAGAAUCCGUGAUAGCAAAGGUCAAGAAUAGAAGGAAGCAGAUCCAAGCCAAGAUGAUGUAUCAGCUGAACGCUACCGACAAGGUCUGCGCGGCGAGAGUCAUGGACGCCUGGAAGACAAUGCUGUCAACCACACUCCGAGGCAAGGACAAAGGCUUUUCCAAUCUUGAAGAAUAUCUCGACUUCCGCAUCAUUGACACAGGGGCGCCCUUCGUUGAAUCCACCAUGCUCUUCGGCAUGGGCAUGACCCUCACCUUAGAAGAAGAUGCCCUCCUAGCCGACAUCAUCCGCCCCUGCUACGCCUCCCUGGCGCUGGCCAACGAUUAUUUCUCCUUUGACCGCGAGUGGGCCGAGGCGCAGCGCAAGCCCGGCGCGGCUAAGCCUAUCAACGCCGUGUGGUUGUAUAUGCGCUGGCGCGGCGUCAGCCCGGCCGUCGCCAAGCGGCUCGUGAGAGAAGCUACAAACCGGUACGAGGCGCAAUUUCUCGAGCUGUGCGACCAGUUCAGACGGGAUCACGCGCCCGUGUCGGAAAAGCUGGACCGGUAUCUGCGCGCGCUGUCGUACCAGGUUAGCGGGAAUGUGGUAUGGAGCCUGCGCUGUCCGCGGUAUCAUUCCGAGUUCAGGUAUGAUCCGAACGUGGGACUCGAGAAUUCCAUUACCGCUGAGAAGAGGGAGAAAAACGCGGAUACGGACACGGAUGCGAACUUUGUCGGUAUCCUCUGCGGGGCGUCUCGCCAGUCAAGCGACUCGGAUAUGCACUCGACCAGUUCAUGGCACCGCAAUCACACCUCGCGGUCAUCGUCCGUUUCAAGCAUGUCAGAGACGGGCGACAGUGCCGGGGACAACUCAAAACAAUGCCUUUCACUACCGGCCGGGGAAUGUCUGGGGCUCGAGCAUCUCGAGGCACCAUUCAAUUACGUUCGGUCUUUGCCUUCGAAGGGGGUGCGGGACACGCUUGCCGAUGCCUUGAACCUCUGGGUGCGUCUGCCCGAGAGAACUCUGACGCAGAUUAAGGAGGUGGUUGGCGAUUUACACACCGCUUCACUGAUGCUGGAUAACAUCGAAGAUGGUUCGAACCUCAGGCGGGGCCAUCCGGCCGCUCACGGUGUGUUUGGUGUGCCACAGACCAUCAACUCGGCCAGCUUUGCAAUCGUUGAAGCUAUCAGGAAAAUACAUGAGUUGUCGCCACCCCAACUGCGUGAUUUGCAUGUCGGGCAGAGCUACGACCUCCACUGGACCAGGCAUGCAUCGUGUCCCACUGAGGAGGAGUAUCUCGAGAUGGUAUCAAAGAAGACCGGAGGAUUGUUCCGGUUACUCUCACGGCUGAUGUGCAGCCAACUAUGCAAAGAGGUCGCCUUGGCCAUUGACGACUUGGUGGAUCAGAUCGGUAUCUAUUUUCAGAUCAGAGACGACUACGAGAAUCUCAACUCUGAUGAGUACACGAAACAAAAGGGAUUCUGUGAAGACCUGGACGAAGGGAAGCUCUCAUUUCCGCUUGUGCAUCAUCUUAACAGAGCCCCACGCCAUGUUGUUUUACAAGUUCGCGAAAUAUCGGAACAGAGGCGAGAGUCUGGUACGGGUGGCCUGAGCGACUCACACAAAAGGCUGGUACUCCAGCACCUCAAAGACUCGAGGAGCGUCGAGUACACCCGGCACACGUUGAAGAGGUUGGAGGAGCAGGAUGAUCGCUCCAUCUCAGAGCUGGAGCGUGUGACAGGAUGGGAGAAUUGGAUGCUGCGGCUUUGUCUGCAGCGACUGAGUGUAUAA